AUGUUAUUUCUCAUGUUGUCAAUGAACUUCAUGUGUCGCUCAUGUCAUUUGCGGCGACACCCAACACUUUCGGCAUUGCAGUUUCCUUACUUCCUCUGCACUAGACACAGUGACUAUUUCCAAAUGUAUGCAAUAGCUAAUCUGAUCAAAUUUUAUGGCUGGAGAGAGGUGGUCACCAUCUUUGUCAACGAUGAUUAUGGAAGAAAUGGGAUUUUCGUAUUAGGUGAUGCCCUUGCAAAGAAGCAUGCCAAGAUUUCUUACAAAAUUGUCUUGACUCUCGGAGCCUCUAGAAGUGACAUCAAUGACUUGUUAGUUAGAGUAAACAUGAUGGAAUCUCGCGUUUAUGUUUUUCAUGUUAAUCCAGACUCCGACUUGACAAUUUUUUCUGUAGCAAAGUUGCUUUGGAUGUUGACCGCUGACUAUAUUUGGAUUGCUACAGAUUGGCUUCCUUUUGUGUUAGAUUCAUCAGAAUCAGUUGAUUGUAACACAAUGAAUCCCUUAUAAGGGGUUAUUGCACUUCGCCAUCACACCCCAGAUUCUGAUCUCAAAAAGAGUUUUACAUCUAGGUGGAAAA